GAAAACUCUGUGAUUCUAGGCUUGAAGAACUACCUCUAUUUGAGGGGUCACUCUCAGGAAGGGGGCCGAAGAGUGCCCUCUCCAAUAAUGGACCCCGGGGCCAGGACACCCCUUUAGGCUUAUUCCAUCCCUCCUGCUCCCCUGCACCCCUGCCAUUAAUUCUGGAGAGACACCCACAUCCUUGUUCUACUACUCGGGGUACAUUCUCCUCCCUGCCCCCAGCAGACCCCCACUAACUCGGCCCCGCCCCUCCCCACCAGAGGGCGUAUCCGAGACGUUGCCAGUCACCUCAGCCAAUAAGGGUGAGGCGGGCUGCAUAUAAAGGUUUGCUGAAAGCUUCCUUCUCCACACCUUCAAAGGAGGUGAGUGCUUCUUGGUAUCUUUGGGUCAAGACUGGGCGAUCCCUUGGUCUUAGACUUCUCCGAUUCUCGGUCCAGGCAUACCCCGCUAUCAGGCAUAGGAACAGUUUUUGCUAAACACCAAAGAUGAUGACAAGUAUACUUUCCUUUUUGGGAUUCUCCAAAUCCUUCACUGUCACAGAGCUCCUAGUGGUUUCUGCUGUCUUCUGCCUGGUCUUCUGGAUCAUUGACUCUUACCAUCAAAGGGUCCCCAAGGGAUUUAAAAGCCCACCUGGCCCCUGGGCUUGGCCUCUGAUUGGCAAUGUAUUGACUCUGGGGAAGAAUCCCCACUUGGUCCUGACCCAAAUGAGAGAGAAGUAUGGGGAUGUGAUGCAAAUUCAGAUUGGCUCCACCCCAGUGCUAGUGCUGAGUGGUUUGGAAACCAUCCGGCAUGCCCUGGUGAAGCAAGGGGAUGACUUCAAGGGCCGGCCUGACCUCUACAGCUUCUCCUUAAUCCUGGAUGGAGAGUCCUUGUCUUUUGGACCUGACUCAGGGGAGGUAUGGGCCGCUCGAAGGAAGCUGACCCAGAAUGCUCUGAAGGCCUUCUCCAUUUCCUCUUCCCCAUCUUCUUCCUUUUGCUACCUGGAGGAGCAUGUGAUCAAGGAGGCUGAAUACUUGAUCCAGAAGUUCCAGGAGCAGAAGGGACACUUUGACCCCGUUAGGUACAUAGUGGUAUCUGUGGCCAAUGUCAUCUGUGCCAUCUGCUUUGGACAGCGCUAUGACCAUGAUGACCAAGAGUUACUUAAUAUUGUCCGCCUGAGCAAUAAAUUUGGUGAAGUCGCUGCCUCUGGGAAUCCAGUUGAUUUCAUCCCUAUACUCCGAUACCUUCCCAACAGCAAGAUAACAGCCUUCCGGGAUCUGAAUGAAAAAAUUGUUGCGUUCACACAAAAACUGGUGAAGGAACAUUACAGGAAGUUUGAGAAGGGUUGCAUCCGGGACAUCACAGACAGCCUAAUUGAACAUUGCCAAGAAAAGAAGUUGGAUGAGAAUGCCAACAUCAUGCUGUCAGAAAAGAAGGUUGUCAACGUUGUCAUAGACCUCUUUGGAGCCGGCUUUGACACUGUCACCACAGCUAUUUCCUGGGGUCUCAUGUACCUUAUAGCAAAGCCUGAGGUCCAGAAGAAGAUCCAUGAGGAGCUGGACACGGUGAUUGGCAGAGAGCGGUUGCCCCAGCUCUCAGACAAAACUCAGCUCCCCUACAUGGAAGCCUUCAUCCUUGAAACCUUCAGGCAUUCUUCCUUCCUCCCCUUCACCAUUCCCCACAGCACAACCAGAGACAUAACCUUGAAUGGCUUCUACAUUCCCAAGGGACGCUGCGUCUUUGUGAAUCAAUGGCAGAUUAACCAUGACCCGAAAAUAUGGGGAGACCCAUCAGUGUUCCGACCAGAAAGAUUCCUCAGUGUAGACGGAACUAUCAACAAGGCCCUGAGUGAGAAGGUGAUUAUGUUUGGCCUGGGGAAAAGGAAGUGCAUCGGAGAGACCAUUGCUCGGUGGGAAGUCUUCCUUUUCCUGUCCAUCCUAUUGCAUCGGAUGGAGUUCAGUGUCCCCUCUGGAGUGAAAGUGGACCUGACCCCUGUCUAUGGGUUGACAAUGAAGCACAUCCCCUGUGAGCAUUUUCAGACAAAGUUGCGCUCUUAGGAGGACUGGAGGUUCCAGGCUAGAAUGCUAUGGUCUUCCCUGGACUGCCCAGAUGGCCUAGGUGCUCCACUGACAGAAUGCUUAUGCUGUUCUUUGGUUAAAGAGACCUGGCUGGGGACAAGAGAGUCCCUGGGCCUCUGAAAACUUCAGGCAAGGUCUUUGAGAACUCUCUGAGAGAAGAGAGCAGACAUGAAAUCAGCCACUAGGAUUGUCUCAUUCCGUCAGGGUGUGGGCAGAUUUAUUCCACUCUGCAGAAAGGAAGGAAACUUUGAGUCCUUUUCCAGACAAUUCAAGAUGGGUUUGAGGGAGAGACCUUCCAGGUGGGAACUCAACAGAUAGGUCACAAGUAUGUGGUUGGCAUUGGGCCAAGCCCAGCUUCAGAAAAAUACUCCAUAUCGCCACAAGCAUGGGAAAAUCAUGAACUAGUCCCUUUCUUAUAGUAUCAUGGAAGCUCUUCCAAGUUCAGUAUAUGUCUUAUUGGUCUAGUGAGUUCCACAAGGAAGACCACCUUAAUCACAAAGACUUCUUGCCUUUGAAUGCCUCUUUUUAUAUAUUUCUCUGAAGAGCAAGUGACUGAGUUGUACCUAAUAGAAGGUUGGAGAAAUGGGACUCGAGGGUCCAGGAAGACCCCUGGAGUCAGGUGGUAGAGAAUGGAGUAAAUCAUAUUAGAAGUUGCUCCCUUUCUUUAACCAAUUUGCUAAGCCUUCUUGCUCAUCCACUUGCAUUGAGUUCUUGUAUUCAAGCUCUCAGCAUUUUGGUAUUUAAUGUAUUGCAUAUCAUUUGGGAAAAGACCACUGGUGUGGUGGAAGGACUUGUUUUGUUCUGCUUGGCUGAAGAAUGAGGACCAAUGAGCAGAAGAUACAGGAAGGUAGAUUUCUGUUUAAUGUGAGGAAGAGCUUCCUAAUAAUUAGAAAUAUCCCAGAGUGGAAUGUUCUCGUCAAGCAGAGGUUAAAUGACCAAUUAUUAGAAACGUUGAAAUGGAGAUUCCUGCUUGAGUAUGAAUUGGACUAUGUAUGUGACUUCUGAGGUCUCCUCCAGUCCUGAGAGUCUGGGGUGGAAGGUGGGAAGAAUAACUGAAGCAUCCCAAAACAUUUAUGUAACAUAUCCAUGAAAUAAUAAAAAUGUAUCUCAGAACCCCUGA